AAACCUAAAUUACAAGAGAAUUUGGGGCCAUUUGUAAUUGAUAGCCUGCAGUUAGAAUGAUGUUCCUCUGUCUGUCACUUACUCAAGCAGAAUGUUGUACAGCUUUGCACUAACAAAAUAAUGCAUCUUCAUUUGACAGUGGAAUUUUCCUGUUGCCAUGAUCACACGAAAGGCUGCUGCAGCACUGGCUGCUGGAUGCACAGUAAUAAUUAAACCAUCAGAAGAAACUCCUUACUGUGCCCUGGCUCUACAGAAGCUGGCUGAAGAUGCAGGUUUUCCCCCUGGGGUGGUCAAUACAAUUCCUUGUUCCCGAGACAAUGUGAAUCAGGUCACAGAUGCACUUCUUGGUAAUGACAUUGUGGCAAAAAUGUCAUUUACUGGCUCUACUGCAACUGGAAAGGGUCUUCUUCCCCAAACUGUGUUCUUGAUGGCAGAAUGAAGACAGACACUAGGGAAAAGGUUAUUCCUUGUCCCUGUCAAAGAC